UUAUGUUUCUAUCCUGUCUUUUCCAUCCAUGUAACAAAAUAUGACAUGAUCGUGUAUAUGACAUAUCAUUAAAGACAUACACACUCCAUACUGUAGAUGUCUCCAAAAUCAAUGGAUAUCCUUUUGACCACAGCUCCAUGGAGAAACCAUAGAAGAAAAUAACCAGGAAAUGUUACUUUUAAGCUAAAGGAAUUAGCACUGUUUUUCUAUUUCCUGGAAGAAGUUGCUGGAGCUGCCAGCAACUAACAAAAUGGAAAAGGUGGUCAGCUGUUUUAAGAAGAGCCCAGAUGCUGUGGCCAGGCUGAUAUGCUUCCCCUGGGCAGGUGGAGGGUCCAUCCACUAUGCACGCUGGGGAAACGUCCUCAGCAGCUCCAUAGAAGUGUUUGCUGUCAAACUUCCAGGCAGAGAGAGUCGAGCCAAAGAGCCGUUCUUUCAGAACAUGCAGCAGGUUGUGGACGAGGUUAUAAAUGUGCUGUUACCGUUGCUGAAAGAGAAGCCGUUUGCUCUGUUCGGACACAGUUUCGGUGCCUUCACCAGUUUCGCUGUGGCAGAUGCUCUGAAGAGACUGCACAACCUUGAACCUGUUCAUAUCUUCCUGUCUGGUGCCUCUGCACCUUAUUCAGAGACGCGUAUCAAAGCCCCGAAGAGAAGCGAUUUAUCUGACGAUGAUUUUCUCAAGUGGUUGAUUUCGAUUGGAGGAACUCCUCCUGAGUUGCUGGCGAACCCUGAAGUGCUGAAGCUCUUCCUUCCCGCCCUGAAGGCCGACCUGCACAUUGUGGAAAAUUACAGGUGUAGCGAGCCAGCCAUUCCGUUUCUCUCCUGCCCAGUCACGUGUUUUGAUGGAAAGGAUGACAUUCCUCAUGACUUACAAGCUUGGAAAAACAUCACAUCAGGUGAUUUCACCGUAAGAAUGCUGGACGGAUCCCAUUUUUAUCUGAAGGAGUCUGGAAAUGAAAAGAUUAUAUUAGACUAUGUCACGAAGCAGGUGGAAACGUCAGAAAUGGACUAUUUAUAAUUAAAUCACUUUAAACUUAAAACAUUUUUUUUACCAAUUCAUUGUGAUUGAAGUAAGUAAGUUCAGAAAAGUGAAAAAUUGUGACAAAUUUGUGUGUGGUGGAUAAUAAAGAGUCAUUUAACACAA